CCAACUUCACCAAGUGACAACAUGGAAAAGCGGCAGCGCCUCGUGUGGUUGUUAUAGCCCUCUAAAAUGACUUCUUGACACACCUCAAGAAAGAUUACCGCAACUUUUAUUAGAUUGUGGCGCUAUAACUACCCGUGAGGUCUGUGAGGAGGUGGGCUCAGUUGGACAUAACCCUUGUGCUGGCCUCUUAAGGACCAUGGAUGCCCAGAUGCUUCAAGGGCUUUGGGCUCCAGAUAACCAACAGCAACACACAAGGGCCCUUGACUAUCUACAACAAUUGCGUGAAAGCUCAGACGGCUGGCAGCUGUGUGGCGCGACACUUACAUCUGGUGGUUCUUCCCUCGAUGAGAAAGUCAAGUUUGUAUGCUUGCAGGUUCUUGAGCAUUAUGCCCGCACUCGCUACAUGAAUUCUAUUCCUGAAGAACAGACUCUCUUCAGGCAACAUCUUUCACAAUGGAUGACAACUCUCUGCAUGACCAGUGAGCCUGAAAAAGUAUUUAUCCAGAAUAAAACGGCUCAGUUAUUGUCGUUGAUGUUUGUGGUGGAUUACCCUUCUCGUUGGCCAACAUUCAUAGCUGACCUUUUGUCCAUGCUUCAACUGGGAUCACAUGCUGUUGAUCUGUACCUAAGGAUACUUCUUGCCAUUGAUGGCGAGGUUGUUGAUCGAGAAAUUAUACAUAGUCAAGCAGAAACUGAUCGUAAUAGCAGGAUUAAGGAUACCAUGAGAGAACACUGUGUUGUUGAUUUGACAAAUUCCUGGUAUGACAUUUUAGUUAAGUAUGACAAAUCUCACCCGGAGCUGGUGUGUCAAUGCCAUGACGUGAUUGGUGCCUACAUCGCCUGGAUUGAUAUAUCGCUGAUUGCAAAUGACAGAUUUGUGUGUAAACUGGUGGAUCACCUUAAGGAGGCUCUAAUUCGGGAAGCUGCUGCUGACUGUAUCCAUGAAAUCAUCACAAAAGGCAUGGACCCUGUCACCAAAACCCAACUUAUAGAGUCUUUUGUCACAGUGUUGGAUCAAGCAGGUGUCUUAAAACCAGUAGAUGAUGACGACUCCGACUUCCUUGUUAAGCUUGCUCGACUCAUCAAUGGGAUUGGAGUUCAGCUCAUUCUGGCGUGGCAGAAAUUAGAAAAAAAAGACAAUACCAAAAGGGAAAUGGUACGACUAGCUGUAGAAAACAAAGUUACACUGCUCCUAACUUUUAUGGCCAGUGAUUAUGAUGAUAUAUCUGCAGCAGUGUUUGACUUUGCUCGGGAUUACAUCCAGUUGAUUAAGCAAAUUGGUCACAUUACAAAUGUAGAACGUGGUCUGCUUGAAAACAUGCUGUAUGUAGUCAUCACCAAGACAAAAUAUGAUGAAUCUUACAACUUUGAACAGGCUGGAGAAGAUGAAGCUAUGUUUGAUGAUUACCGAAAGAAGCUUAAAGUUGUUUUUGAUAAUCUAGCUGCACUGAUACCUGAACUUGUGUUAAAAGUAAGCAAGGAAUAUGUAGUGACGACAUUAAAUCGAUGGCAGGCAUCAUCUUAUGAGGAUGUGGAGGCAGCAGUGUCACUACUGUAUAACCUUGGUGAAGCUUUACCUGCUUCUCAUGGCAACCACUUCUCUGGGCCCAGCCAGGUGGGUGACCCAGCUGCUCUUCAGGAACAUAUGUCGCAGGUAAAAACAUCUACAAUGCAGGAAAUGAUGCGCUUGCUUGUAACAUCAGGAGUAUCGGGUCAUAACCAUCCAGCUGUUUCACUUCAGUUUUUUGAGUGCGUGGCACGCUAUGAAAAGUUCUUCUCGUGUGAACCUCAAUACAUCCCAGGGAUUCUGGCAGCUUUCCUGGACCACCGUGGCAUGAGGAAUCGGCUUCCAAGAGUUCGAAGCAGAACAAGUUAUUUGUUUUCUCGCAUGGUACGCUGUCUCAAAAACCAUAUUGUUGGUUAUACUGAAGAUAUUCUAAGUCAGUUAACAGAACUUUUGGUGAUGGCUCCUCCCAAUAAUGGUCAAAUAACACCCUUGCUAACAAAUGACGAUCAGUUGUAUGUGUUUGAAGCUGCUGCAAUGCUAAUUAUAUCUGGAAAUACUGAAGCACAAAGAAAGGAAAUACUGAUGAGAAACCUCCUGUCACCAGUCUUUGCCAAAGUUACCUGCCUGGCAGAGAGACUAGCUCAAGAGCAGGAUCCUGUUAGACAGAUGAGUAUUGCUAAAAGUAUCUGUCAUGCAACAUCAGUGACAGCACGGACUUCAAAGGCAUUUUCAAAUCAGAACACCAUUCAAGCAUGUGGUUGUGUACAGAUGUACUUGGAUGCCCUGCAGCUGUUCAUUACCUGUCUUAAUGUUGGAAUGGAGCGAGAAAUGGUGGGAUCUGGUGUGCGGCAGUUGAUGCACAGACUGGUGGUUUGCCUGGAUGGAGGAAGCUUACUGCCCUUGUUACCAGUUGCUUCUCAAGCUCUUCUUCACACACCCUCACCAACAGUCCUUACAGAAUAUCUUCCCCUCAUCAAUCAGAUCAUCACCAAGUUUCAAAAGGAUAUCAGUCCUUUCCUGCAAAGUAUAUUUGUUCCCCUGGUAUCUGCCAUCUUCACAGCUCUAUCAGAACCUCUUGAGGAAAAUGAUGAGGAAGAGAGGAGAACAAGAAGACUACUUCAGCGGAACUAUUAUCUUUUUCUAACCACUAUUGUAUCAAAUAAUCUGUUGGAUGUCAUGGCUUCUUUAGACUCGAAUAUUUUACAACAGGUCCUGAUGUCUGUAGUGCAAGGUGCAGUGGAGUUUCCUGACCCAGUUGCUCAAAAGAAUUGCUUUGUGAUCUUACGGCGUUUGACAGAAGCCUGGGGUGUGAAAGAUGUUGGUCCCCCUGGCUUUGUUGAAUUUCUUUAUACACAGGUUGUCCCAGCGUGUUUCCUGGCACCUCUGAAGACUACCUUUGACCUAAAUGAUGCACAGACUAUCUUGGCUCUACAUGAGUCAGUUAUGUGUCUGCAGUCUGUAUAUAAAAAACGGGGGGAGGAAUUACUUUCAUAUUUGCGCUCAGAAUACUUACCGAAGAUAGAACUUUCACCACAAUUAAUUAAUGAGUAUUGUCAGGCCCUUACAUCUGAAGCAAAGUUCUUUAGAAAUUAUAGUAAAUUAUUCUUUCAGCGAGCAAAGUCAUGAAAUGUGGACAUAAACUCAAAUUUGGCACGUGUGUAGUUUUGUUUUGGUGUUUUAACUUGUGUAUCAGUCAAAUUUUCACUAUGAACUGUAUCCACAUUAUUGUAAAUAGCAAUAGUUAUUGCUAAAAUUAUAUUUCUAGUCAUAUCUGCUGAAACCCAGUAGUAGAUGGCUAUAAUAUCCUAAGUGAUUUAUAUCAAUGGUCUUUUUUAUUUGUAUAAAUAAAAUUGAAAGAUUUCAUGGUUGAACAUAAUGAUCAGUACACAGUUGGGUCUACUUUGUGUCUUGUUUCUCGUCAUUUUGCAGUAACUUUAAAUUUUGUAUUGUUUUUAACUUAUCGUUAAUGCAAAAAGGUGCUAUAGUGAGGCCUGGAAUCAGUAUAGAAAAAUCAUUUACAAGUAGCCAUGAUUAUUCAAAUACAGUAGAGCCAUCCUCUUCCCAGAAUUACAAUUUUUAAGGUUUGAUGUGAAGGGAUUUUACCUGGAAUGCUUGUGAACAUUCUAACGGGUUUUGCAUUGAUAUUUGCAUGUAAUCCAAGUAGGCCCCCUCAAUAACAAAAAGUGGCAAGUGAUGAAUGAAAGUCUUAUUCUGUCUUGUAUGUGUACAAUUGUAUUGCCUCAUUGGUUACAAUUAUUUAAAUUUUAUUGGAAUUGAGCAUUACAGUAUUUAGUACAGUACCCAUUGUUUUAAAGAUUGUAGUUUAAUUACAGAUACUCCUCUAUUUACUCAAAAAAUAUUCCCAAUGAAGAUCAGACAAUCACAUGACAACAGACCACAUGUGACUGAGAUUGAAUUGGUGUGGGUUAAACUCACAGCACAGUGAAGGUUACGGUGCAGCUUAGUGUGCAUGACGUACUGUAUAAAAAUAUUCAAUAACAUUAAAAAAAAAAAUUAAAACAAAUGUACAGUUAUAGAGGAUUACCUGUAGUUUAAAUUUUUUUGUGCUCCCGUCCCCUUUAUUUUUGUUUAAUGCAGUGUAUGAAAAUUUAUUUUAAACAUAACAUACCGUAUAUACUCGUCUAUAACCCCCCCCUCAUUUAUAGGUCGACCCUGAUUUUUUUACCAAGAAAUCGUUAAUUUAUGAUAUUCCUUGUUUAUAGGUCGACCCACAUUUUUUAGGGUAA